AUGAAACCACGCAUGCGCUAUGAUGAUGCGGCUUGGGAGAAAAGCGAGGAAGUGGCCGAUGCUUGGGUCCUCCAGUUUCUUGAACCAGACAUCUUGACACCGGUCGGGAAUUUCCUUGUUAGACACCACAGACCUGAAAGUCCUGAUGAAUUUGAUAUCUUGGAAAAGGGUGCAUUCAAUAUCUCCCUCCAGAUGACAUACAAAAAUAGCUCCGCUAUCAUACGUUUCCCACAGCCUGGAGCGGCCAUGUUUCCAGAAGAGAAGAUUCGCAAUGAGGUCGCAAUCAUGCGAUAUAUCCAUGAUCGGACUUCAAUCCCGGCGCCUUUCGUUCUCCACUCGGGGACCAAAAAGGAGAGCCCUUUGGAAUUGAGCCCCUUUAUUAUCAUGGAGUAUAUUACCCAUGACAGAAAUGUAUACGAUAUCCUCAACACGCCAGGGUGCCCAAGAUCAGAUCGUGGUAUACUGGACCCGAAUAUUGACGAGGGGAAAUUGAGCGCUGUUUAUGGAGAACUCGCAAGCAUUCUGCUUCAGCUUUCUAAGCUAUCCCUACCUCGAAUAGGCUCUCUCGGCCAAAUCGACGACUUUACCUGGGAAGUGGCAUUUCGGCCUUUGUCAAUGCCGAUGAAUGAGCUGGUUCGAUUGGGCUCGCUCCCUCAAUCGAAAUUGCCCAACACAACAUACGACAGCGCAACUUCAUACUUUGAAGCCCUAGCAGAGCUGCACCUUACACAUCUCAUCAACCAAAGGAACGAUGCGAUAGACUCUGCCGACGACUGUCGACGAAAAUUCGUUGCAAGACAUCUCUUCCGCAAGCUCGCUCAAGAUCACGAGCUCACCGGGCGAUGGGCAUCACUCGACAAGGGCCCAUUCAAGUUCUGGUGUGACGAUUUUCGACCUGCGAAUGUGCUCAUGAACGAGGACUUGAAGAUUGUCGGGGUUGUGGACUGGGAAUUUACCUACGCCGCCCCGGUCGAGUUUUCCUACGCACCACCUUGGUGGCUCCUGCUCGAGAAGCCUGAAUACUGGCCCGAGGGCCUUGAAGAUUGGUGCAGCGUGUAUGAGCGGCGCCUGCAGACCUUUUUAAAGGCAAUGACUGAUCGCGAAAAAGAAGGGAUCCAGCAAGGUUCGCUGAAAGAAAACCAACGGCUUUCUGGCCCGAUGCGGGAGAGUUGGGAGAGUGGAGACUUUUGGAUUGCAUGUAUCGCCCGAAACAACUUCGCGUUUGAUGCGAUCUAUUGGCAAAAAGUCGAUCAGCGAUUCUUCGGGCCCACGGGGGCGAGUGCCGAUGACGCAUGGAAGCAGAGAUUGGAUAUUUUAACUACCAAGCAGAAAGAUGACAUGGAGAACCUCGUGGCACAAAAAGUCGAAGAGAUGGAAACCAGGGUUUUGGCCUGGGAUCCAGAUGAGUAUACCCGGUCACACAUUGACAUUGCGAAGAGCGCCGGGAAGGAUGAUGAAACCAAAGAAAUGGAGGUUCAUGAAGCUGAAAUGACACCAGACGAAGAUGUGGAUGUUGUGUCCUAG